CACGUGAUCAGGGCCCGUCCACCGCUGUUUCCCUUGCUGUCAGGCCGGGGAUUUGGUCACGUUUCCCGGUUGUCUCCUGUUUGGCCCAGGAUGGAUUCACCGCGGGAAGAAGAAGAAGAAGGAGAAGAGGAGGACGAGGCGGAGUGGUUGAGCCGGGAGGAGGAGAGGGAGGAGGCCGGGCCCCGGGAGCCCUCUGCUGCCUGCUCCAGAGCCCCGGGGCCCCAGCGUGUGAUCAUGCACCUGGACAUGGACUGCUUCUACGCUCAGGUGGAGAUGAUCCGGCACCCAGAGCUGAGGGAAAAGCCUCUUGGUGUCCAGCAGAAAACCUUUGUGAUCACCUGUAACUAUGUAGCCAGAGACCUCGGUGUCAAGAAAUGCAUGACUAUCCGAGAAGCCAAAGAGCGCUGCCCGCAGCUGGUCCUGGUCAGUGGCGAGGACCUAACGCAUUACCGGGAGAUGUCAUACAAGGUCACAGGUCUACUGGACGAGUUCUGUCAUAAGGUGGAGAGACUCGGAUUUGAUGAGAAUUUCAUUGACAUCACAGACCUGGUGGAUAAGAGACUGCAGGACCCUCAGUGUGACAGAGCGAUGAAAGUGUCCGGUCACGUGUACAACCAUCAAGGUGGGGCUGUAGAUCCCGGUGACAGGACUCACCAGCGACUCAUCAUGGGGUCUCAUGUGGCGGCGGAUAUCCGCGCAGCGGUGCACAACAGGCUGGGUAUGACGGGCUGUGCUGGCAUCGCAUCUAAUAAGCUGCUCGCCAAACUUGUUUCUGGGACUUUCAAGCCAAAUCAGCAAACUGUACUCUUCCCUGAAAGCUGCGGCCAUCUGACACACAGUCUGGAUCACGUACAUAAGAUUCCAGGCAUCGGAUAUAAAACAGCGCAGCGUCUGGACACUUUGGGGUUAAGCAGUGUUAUCUCCCUGCAGUCUUGUCCAGUUGCCGUUCUAGAGAAGGAGUUUGGAGCCCCAGUUGCUCAUCGAAUCCAGGCACUCAGCCGAGGGGAGGACGAUUCUCCGGUGACACCAUCUGGACCUCCGCAGUCUCUUAGUGAGGAAGACUCAUUUAAAAAAUGCUGCACUGUAUCAGACGUAAGAGCAAAACUGGAGGAACUGCUGCGCCUCCUGAUAAAUAGAUUGUCUGCUGAUGGGAGGAGCGCCCACACGUUGCGAUUAACCAUUCGCCAGUUUACACCAACCAAUAAAUAUUUCAACCGGGAAAGUCGCCAGUGUCCGAUCCCAACGAACGUGGCUCAAAACAUCAGCAGCGACGGUGCUGUGGUCUCCGCACUGAUGGAGCUGCUCAUGAAGCUCUUUGAGAAGAUGAUCGACGUCAGGCUGACCUUUCACCUUACUCUCCUCAACGUUUGUUUCUCCAACCUAAAAGCUGCCAGAUCCUCAACCUCUUCACGAUGUUCAAUUGGAUUUUACCUCACCCAGAAAAAGUCAUUGGCCGGAGACGACUGUGGUGUCAGCCAGACACCGGGAUCCUGUAUAAAAUCUACUCCUGCACUUUUUGAAAAGCCAGAUAACUCUCCCUGUCCGGCGGGAAAUAAUGAUGAGUCUUUAAUGUCGCUACCUGACAAUAUUGACAUGGAUGUGUUCAGUCAACUCCCUGAAGACAUUAGAAAAGAGAUUGUCCAGAGUCCUUAUACUGCAAAAAGGAGCAAAACUAUCCAGACAAACCGACCUACGACAUCUACUGGGGGGAUACAAAGUUUCUUCAAUAAAGCAAAAAUGAGACAGCAGCUCCAUUCUGCCACAGAUGAGGAGAGUUCUCCGGACACAGUGCCGUCCCCACUGAGGAAGCCUUUGAGAAAAGACAUUGGAUUUGGAUGUUGUGCCUCAGACUCGGUCAUAAUGGAUCCUUCUUCUACAUCACACUCUACUUGUCCCCAGGGUACAGAACCAAAUUUUGGAUUUGCAAUGGAUUGCACAGAAUUUGAAGACAGCAACGCCAUGUUAUCAGUACCUAAAACUAUCGAUAUGAAUGUGUUUUCCCAGCUGCCGACAGAGCUUCAAACAGAACUCAUGAGUGAAUGGAAAAAUCAAAAACUUACUCCCAAAAUCCCAGUCAAAAAAUUUCAAGACAAAGUAAAGACAUCAAAAGGUCAAAGGCCAAGUGUAAUUUCUCAUCCGAACAACCUGCUGAAGUAUUUCAAGCCUAGUUAGAUAGUAAAAACUGUAAGGCUAGGUUUCCACAAAGGUUUAUUUCUGGCUUUCUUUUAUUUAUUUACAGCCACUGCAGUUUUUGAGCCAAAGUCAGAUGUGGAUCCAGUAGGAAGAAGAAGUAUAAGUCCUUCCUUUACUUUUUUCAUUCCUUUUGAAUAAACUUCUGUGUUUGGCUCAAAAACUGCAGUGGUAGUAUUCCAAAAAAUGCCAGAAAAAAAAACCUGUGUGGAAACCUAGCUUAAAGGGUACCUCUCAUCAAAAAAAACUUUUGAUAUAUUAUAGAUUAGUGUAUGCAGAAUAACUUUACAAUUGCAUGUUAUUAAAAAAUAUGUUUCUUUCUAUGUAAUUUUCCACUUUGAAGAAAUGACCACUAGGGGUCUCCCUACCAGUCCUGGCAGCAAGCAUUUCAGACUCAUGCUGGAGUCCUAAACACUACGAGCUGCCAGUCUGCUUUGUUCACAAAGGAGAACACUCAGAGCU